AUGUCUGGUGCAGGUAAAAAGCGUGCCCGAAAAGAGGACACCCCGUAUGAUGACUGUGAUGCUGGCAGUUGGGAAUGCACGGUGUGCACUUAUCGGAAUCGCUUUGAAGCUUUCAAAUGUGAGAUGUGCGAUACAAGGAAAGGUACCUCUACACGCAAACCACGCCUGAAUGAAAAUGUCGUUCAGAUGCAAAAAGUGGUCCAAAAUUUUGUAGUUCAACAACAAGAGAAGGCAGCCAGCAGCUUCAAGCGACGAGCUCAACAGAGCGUAGGAUCGCCAUCCACGUCCAGACAUUCACCAGAGUCCUCAUCCAGUGGUUCAGCGAAUCGAAGUCUAAACACUCAUGGAGGAGUAGUGAAAAAUCGCCGAAGGAUGGUCUUGGUGUCUGAUCAUCUGAUUUACAGAACGUUUCCGAAGAAGAUCACGGUGGUGGUCAAUGGGGUUCCUGCGACGAUUACUGAAUAUCGCAGAAAACCGAUUUCUUCCGAACGAGUACGUCGUCAACAGUUCGAACAAACGCCAGUGCCACAAACUGCAUCGAAGGGUUGA